CCCCCCUCCCCGGUGCCGGCAGGGGAGCCGGAGUUCGGCCGAGCCUGGGCGUGAGAUCCCGGACGGGAGGCGGGAGCCCCGCUGACACGCAGACAUGGAGCUGGAAGCCAAAAUAAAGAAGAUGGGCUUAGGUCAUGAGCAAGGGUUUGGAGCCCCCUGUUUAAAAUGUAAAGAAAAAUGUGAAGGAUUCGAACUGCACUUCUGGAGAAAAAUAUGUCGGAACUGCAAGUGCGGCCAAGAAGAACAUGAUGUCCUCUUGAGCAACGAAGAGGAUCGAAAAGUGGGGAAACUUUUUGAAGACACCAAGUAUACCACCCUGAUCGCAAAGCUAAAAUCAGAUGGAAUUCCCAUGUAUAAACGUAAUGUUAUGAUAUUGACCAAUCCAGUUGCUGCCAAGAAAAAUGUCUCCAUCAAUACAGUUACCUAUGAAUGGGCUCCUCCUGUCCAGAAUCAGGCAUUGGCCAGGCAGUACAUGCAGAUGCUACCCAAGGAAAAGCAGCCAGUGGCAGGCUCAGAGGGGGCACAGUACCGGAAGAAGCAGCUGGCAAAGCAGCUCCCUGCACAUGACCAGGACCCUUCAAAGUGCCAUGAGUUGUCUCCCAGAGAGGUGAAGGAGAUGGAGCAGUUUGUGAAGAAAUACAAGAGUGAGGCUCUGGGAGUAGGAGAUGUCAAACUUCCCUGUGAGAUGAACACACAAGGUCCUGACAAACCAUACAUCCCUGCUGGGGACAGAAGCACCCCAGCAGCAGUGGGGGCCAUGGAGGACAAAUCUGCACAGCACAAAAGAACUCAAUACUCCUGCUACUGCUGCAAACUGAGCAUGAAGGAAGGUGACCCAGCCAUCUAUGCUGAAAGGGCUGGCUACGAUAAACUGUGGCACCCAGCUUGUUUUGUCUGCAGCACCUGCCAUGAACUCCUGGUCGACAUGAUUUAUUUCUGGAAGAAUGGGAAGCUGUACUGUGGCAGACAUUACUGUGACAGUGAGAAACCCCGAUGUGCUGGCUGUGAUGAGCUGAUAUUCAGCAAUGAGUAUACUCAGGCAGAAAACCAGAACUGGCAUCUGAAACAUUUCUGCUGCUUUGACUGUGACAACAUCCUUGCUGGGGAAAUAUACGUGAUGGUCAAUGACAAGCCCGUGUGCAAGCCCUGCUACGUGAAGAAUCAUGCUGUGGUAUGUCAAGGAUGCCACAAUGCCAUUGAUCCAGAGGUGCAGCGGGUGACCUACAACAACUUCAGCUGGCACGCCUCCACAGAGUGCUUUCUGUGCUCCUGCUGCAGCAAGUGUCUCAUUGGGCAGAAGUUCAUGCCGGUGGAAGGGAUGGUUUUCUGUUCAGUAGAGUGUAAGAAGAUGAUGUCUUAGGAGGAGAGCACAAAGCAGUAUUGAACCAUAGCUAUCCAAAGUGGUCUGCAUUUCUACUGUAAAAUGCAAUUUGAAAAAAUAAAAGGACAAAAAGAAACUGUAAA